AAACAAACAUCAUCUGGUCUAGUAAACGUAAACAAAACGAUCCAAGAGUCCCUGAGAAUGCCUUAACCAGCCCUCUAAAACACUGCAGAGGAGUAAUAUAUCAGGGUUCCUUUAAUAUAGUGUGUCCUGAGAACUCUUCACGCGGUUGAAACGUGUGUGGCGACGGUGAUAAACGUCAGAGAUAAACAGAGGGAGAGAUAAAAGGGUGCAGUCACAAUGGAGGACGUGGACGAGUCUUACUUCGACUGGAGUGACGAGGACGACAUCAUUUGCAGCUCCAAGUACAUCAGUUCUGAUGAGGAUGAUGACGUGGACGCCACCAUCAACGCGCACCGGAAGUUUGGAAAAAGAGGCGGCGAGAGUGUCUUCGGCAACAACCAGAAACCGAAACACCGACACCACAACAACGACGAUGAGGAGGACGACUUUGAGAAGGAAAUGGCCUCGGAGCUGAGCCUUACCAUGCGGCACCUCACCUCCUCCCUCGGCGUGCCUGGCAGCAGCGGCGCCUCGAGACCAGCUGCCGAGGAGACUAAAAAGGCUGCUGAGUUUUACGAUGAUGUGUAUUUCGAUUCGGAUGAGUCUGAGCCUGAAGAAACCACCCCAGGCCAGGCUUCCAACCGGGCCGAACAGAACCGCCGUCGCCAUCGCAAAGUCCUGACCAACGACGAGCUCUUCUACGACCCCACGAUGGACGACCGAGACCAGGCGUGGGUUGACCAGAAGCGGAGGUCAUACCAGCCCAGAGGAAGGAGGCCUGGGCGAAUGCUGGGCGUAGAAAACAACAACACCAUCCAGCUGCCUCCUAGCGAUGCCGUCCUGAACUGUCCCGCCUGCCUCACGACCCUCUGUAUGGACUGCCAGAGACACGAGGUUUACCAGAACCAGUACCGGGCAAUGUUUGUGUUCAACUGCGUGGUGGACGUGACCGAGCGGCUCAGCUACCCCAGCAAGGACCAGAAGAGGCAGCAGUUUCUCAAGAACAAGAAGGCAAAGAAGAAGAAGAAUGUGCCGCAGGAGGAGGAUACAAAAGGUGAAGGGGAGGGGAUGAAGGCAGAGGAAGCAGCCAGCACUGUGGACCCUGCCGGCACAGUUCAGGAGGUUCAGAACAGUCAGCCCACAAGCUCGACAGGCGAUUCUGCUGAGGCCUCAUCAGCCCAGGCCCCAAACAUGAGUGUUCCGGGGUUAGAGAAGGACAAGUUCCACCCUGUCAUGUGUAAAAUCUGCAAUACCAAGGUUGCUGUCUAUGAUGCAGAUGAGGUGUACCACUUCUUCAAUGUUGUCACCAGUUACUAAUCAACCUUGGGUAAUACUUAGUAAAAACAAAGGUUUCAGAUGUCUUGCAGUGUUGCAUAAUCAUGGUACAAUGCUGUAGAAAGUAAUUUUCCCAAGUUCAAAAUUUAUGAAUGAAGACAGUAAUUCCUUUAGUGUAAGUAUUCAUCUGGAAGUGUUUCUUAUUGGUGAUACAAAAUAAAUAAUUACACACCAGACAAA